AUGUCGGUGCCCACAUUACAGCGAGACACUGCCUUCCAGGUGCGAUCUUUGUUCCGAUCCCUGCUGCGUCAAUCGUCCCAGUUCUCUAGCUUCAACUUCCGCGAGUACGCCCGUCGGAGGACGAGGGACGCUUUCCGAGAGCACCAGAACGAAACGGAGGCAAGGAAGGUCCAGGAGCAGAUUCAGGAUGGCCUGCAGAACCUGCGCAUGAUGAAGAGACAAACUAUAAUCAGUCAGUUCUACCAGUUGGACAAGCUGGUGGUGGAAGGUCAAAAGACGGGAAAGCAAACCGGCGAAGAAGGCGAUAUUGUCCGCCAGAAGGAUACCGGCUGGGAUUAA